UGUGAUUCGGUAUCUGAUGAGUGAAUCAAUUAAUUGCUUCAAUUUAGCUUGGAUAAGGUAGUGGUUUCUACUCUCUUGGAAUGAGUAAAAAAAUCAAUGUUCCUCUAACUACUAUAGCAACAUCUGAUUUGUCUUGGCCAAAUGCGUCAUCACAAUAUAUUUUGAUGACUACUUAUUGGACCAUGUCUUAGCCCUUUGAACUAGAGCACCAGCUGAUUUGAGAAAGCAAAUUUAAAAUCACAAUUAAAAGUGUUAGGCAAAAUUUGUAAAAAGUGUGAUUUUUCAAUAGAAUUACCGAAAAGACAGCUAUAGAAAAAAAGGUUAUCCUCGUUUAAAAAUAAAAUCAAUCUAGUAGUAGUAGCAGUAGUAUUUGUUUUCUUUUCUUUGAGAAUUGGGAAGUUUGAUGGCAAAACCUGAAAAUGGUGUUGUUUUCAUUUCGCUGGUUUUAUAGUCAUAGUAAUAGUAAUACUAGGCGAAUUUCAAACUCUGGUUUUUAUACAACUACAACUACAUUCACUGUCUCACCCAUACCAGUAGCAGUAGCAGUAGCAGUACCACCACCACCACCACACGUCACUCUUUUCCUCAAACCUCCAAAUCACAUUACACCAUCCUCUUCAUCCCCUCCUUUAAUCCCAUUACAAAACUUACUUCAUCACUACAAAUCAUCUAAUAAGCCCCAACAACUUCCAUCAUAUUCAGAUUCCCAAUCAUUUGAAUUUCUUGUUGCUCCAUACCGACAUUCUUCUUCUCCUAGACACCUUCAUUUGCAGAUUUUCAAAUAUGGCUUUGCCAAUGAUCUUUUUUUAUGCAAUACCCUUAUUAAUAUCUACUCUAGAAUUGCUGAUUUGCUUUCUGCACGUAAGCUAUUUGAUGAAAUGCCUCUAAGAAAUUCUGUUACAUGGGCUUGUUUGAUUUCGGGGUAUACCCAGAAUGGUGUGCCUGAAGAGGCAUGUCUGUUGUUUAAAGGGAUGGUUGGUUCUGGUUUUUCACCUAAUCACUAUGCUUUUGGUAGUGCUCUUCGAGCUUGCCAGGAAUGUGGGCCAUGGGGUGUUACUUUUGGAAUGCAGAUUCAUGGAUUAGUUUCAAAAACUCAGUUUGCAUUUGAUGUGGUGGUAUGUAAUGUGCUGAUAUCGAUGUACGGUAAUUCUCUUGGUUCUGCUGAUGAUGCUCGCCGUGUUUUUGAUCAGAUUGAGAUCAGAAAUUCAAUAUCUUGGAAUUCAAUUAUUUCAGUUUGUUCUCAAAGAGGAGAUGCAGUUUCUGCUUUUCAACUCUUUUCAAGAAUGGAAUGGCAGGGUUCCGGAUUCAGUUUGAAACCUAAUGAAUAUACUUUUGGAAGCUUAAUAUCCGUUGCUUGUUCAUCAUUUGAUACUGGUUUGAGUUUGCUUAAGCAGAUGCUUGCCAGGGUUAAGAAGUCGGGAUAUCUUGUGGACCUGUAUGUUGGUAGUGCCUUGGUAAGUGGGUUUGCCAGGUUUGGACUGAUUGAUUAUGCUAAGCAGAUGUUUGAGCAGAUGAGCAAGAGGAAUGCAGUUUCCAUGAAUGGUUUGAUGGUUGGAUUGGUGAGGCAAAAACGAGGAGAAGAAGCAGCUCAGAUUUUCAUGGAGAUGAGAGACUUGGUUGAUAGCAAUCUUGAUUCGUAUGUGAUUCUACUAAGUGCUCUUCCCGAAUUUGCUGUGUUGGAGGAUGGCAAAAGAAAGGGUACAGAGGUCCAUGCGUACGUAAUCCGAACAGGCUUAAUUGACAUAAAGCAUGAAAUUGGGAAUGGGCUUGUUAAUAUGUAUGCUAAAUGUGGUUCUAUUGCUGAUGCUUGCUCUGUUUUCAGACUCAUGGUUCAUAAAGAUUCAGUCUCAUGGAACACCAUGAUUGCUGGUCUUGACCAGAAUGAGUGUUUCGAAGAUGCAGUCAUUAACUUCAGUGUGAUGAGGAGAACUAGAUUAAUGCCCUCAAAUUUCACAUUGAUUAGUACUUUGAGUUCUUGUGCAAGCUUGGGGUGGAAGCUGCUGGGACAACAACUACAUUGCGAAGGACUUAAAUUGGGACUUGAUUUGGAUGUUUCAGUUUCUAAUGCUCUUCUUGCACUGUAUGCUGAAACUGGAUGUCUUACUGAAUCUGAAAAGGUUUUCUCCUUGAUGCCAGACUAUGAUCAAGUUUCAUGGAAUUCAGUAAUUAGGGCUUUUGCUGAUUCAGAGGCAUCAGUUGUAGAAGCUGUAAAAUACUUCUUAAACAUGAUGCGAGCUGGAUGGAGUCUUAACAGAAUAAGCAUUAUAAAUAUUCUUGCAGCAGUGUCAUCCCUUUCACUUCACCAACUGGGCCAUCAGAUUCAUGGUCUAGUGCUAAAAUAUAGUGUUGCAAAUGACACUGCUAUUGAGAAUGCACUUUUGGCUUGCUAUGGUAAAUGUGGAGAGAUAGAUGAAUGUGAGAAGAUCUUUUCUAGGAUGACUGAGAGGAGGGAUGAAGUAAGUUGGAAUUCUAUGAUUUCUGGGUACAUACACAAUCAACUCUUGGCCAAGGCCAUGGAUUUGGUCUGGUUUAUGAUGCAGAGGGGUCAGAGAUUGGACUGUUUCACCUUUGCUACUGUUCUCAGUGCUUGUGCCUCAGUUGCGACACUAGAGCGUGGCAUGGAAGUCCAUGCUUGCACAAUAAGGGCUUGUUUGGAAUAUGAUGUUGUAGUUGGCAGUGCACUUGUGGACAUGUAUACCAAAUGUGGAAGAAUAGAUUAUGCUUCAAGAUUUUUUCAUUUGAUGCCUGUGAGAAAUGUCUAUUCUUGGAAUUCAAUGAUAUCAGGCUAUGCACGCCAUGGACAUGGACACAAAGCUUUGGAGCUUUUUUCACAAAUGAAGUUACAUGGUCAGCCACCAGAUCAUGUCACCUUUGUUGGGGUCUUAUCAGCUUGUAGCCAUGUGGGUUUGAUGGAUGAAGGUUUCAAGAAUUUUAGAUCCAUGAGUAAAGAAUAUGGUUUGGCUCCUCAGGUUGAGCACUUCUCAUGUAUGGUGGAUCUCCUUGGCAGGGCAGGUGAACUUAAUAAGAUAGAAGACUUCAUCAAUAAGAUGCCAAUGGAACCUAAUGUUCUUAUUUGGAGGACAGUGUUAGGGGCCUGCUGCCGAGCUAAUGGUCGCAACACAGAGCUAGGUCAGAUGGCUGCUAAAAUGCUUUUGGAAUUGGAACCUCAAAAUGCUGUUAACUAUGUGCUUCUUUCCAACAUGUAUGCUUCUGGAGGGAAGUGGGAAGAUGUGGCAAAGGCUAGAAAGGCAAUGAGGAAUGCAGCGGUAAAGAAGGAAGCUGGGUGUAGUUGGGUAACCAUGAAGGAUGAAGUUCAUGUUUUUGUGGCUGGAGACAAUUCACACCCAGAGAAAGAUUUGAUAUAUGAAAAACUGAAGGAGCUUAACAGGAAAAUGAGAGAUGCCGGAUAUGUGCCUGAGACAAAAUUCACACUAUAUGAUCUUGAACUGGAGAACAAGGAAGAACUCCUAAGCUAUCACAGUGAGAAACUUGCUGUUGCUUUUGCUCUCACUCGUCAAUCAGGAUUGCCAAUAAGGAUAAUGAAAAAUCUCCGGAUUUGUGGUGACUGCCACACUGCCUUUAAAUAUAUAUCAAGCAUUGUUGGGCGGCUAAUAGUGUUACGGGAUUCAAAUAGAUUUCAUCAUUUUGAAGAUGGUAAGUGUUCAUGUGGGGAUUACUGGUAGUUGACUACUGGAAACUUUAAAUCCAUGGAGGUUAUAUGAUGUAGAAUCCAUCAUUUAGGAGACUGUAAACAUCCUCAAUAUUUUUUGUUUUUUCAACAUUCACUGAAGCAGCAUUGACCGUAGAGGGUUAAGAGUACCAAUGGUCAGCUAGCAGAACAUUAUGGAGAAACUUCCUUGAGUUAACAGCAUGCUGCCACUGGUCCCACACUGCAAAAGAAAUCACGUGGGGUGGUGCAAAACCUGACCCUGGUGACAAGGACGAUGGAAGAAAGAUGCACCCCAGGUCGUCAUUCAAGGCUUUUCUGGAGAUAGUUAAGCGGCGUAGCCGGCCUUGGGAAGAUGUGGAAAUGGAUGCCAUCCUUUCCUUGCAGCUGAUAUUGAGAGUAUCUUUGCAAGAUGAGAUUGUGGAUGAGUCCAAGAUGAUUGUGAAUGUUCCAUUGGAGACAGAUUUGUACAUAUGUACCUCUAUGUGCAUGUUAUUUAGAUCGAAGUAUUUGACUUGGGUAUGGUCAGAAUCCGUGUGUUGGUUGUUUACCUAUGCAUUCAUGCCUGAAGAUCAAGAUGCAUUUUAUCAGAUGGACUCAAAAAAUGAAAGUAAACACGUACAUAAAUUAACAUUUAGUUUCCCAAUAAUUAGGAGCUUCUGUUUUAGACUUUUACUUGGGUCUUUUAUUUUAUUUAUUUUUAUCGCUUCUGAGUUUAUGAACUUCAAAAAGCUCUGAACAGACGAAUUAUUCAUGCUUUUGCCAUGUUUAAUUUAAAUGCUACUUCCUAACCCACUCCUUUAACAGCAU